AUGCAGCCGGCUCCUCUCCUCCUCCUCCUCGGCUUGCUGCAGGGCUGCAGUGGGCGACCCACCAACAAGCUGGUGGUGAUGCCACAGGAGCCGGUGGUGCAGUACGGGGGCUCAGCACAGCUGAACUGCUCCCUGGCCUGCACGGGGGGCACGGUGCAGUGGAAGGGGCUGGACACCAACCUGGGGAGCAUCACCUCCUUCCCCACCCACAGCAUCCUGCACGUCAGCGGCGCCGUGGUUGCCACAGAGGGCAUGAAGGUGUGCCAAGGGACCUGCCACGGGGAGCACUACCAGCGCACUGUCUACCUGCAGGUGUACGCCCUCCCGGACACGCUGCAGCUGGAGGCAGAGCCCCGCGCCUUGGAGCGCCUGCCGUGCUUGCCCCAGCCGGGUUACCCGGUCACGGGGCUGGUGCUCACCUGGUACCGGGGGGACCAAGCGCUGAAGGAGGCAGACACAAAUGUCACAGAGACAGAUGAGGAGCUGUUCAAUAUCGUGUCCACGCUGCUGGUGGCCAGGGAGGAGGUGGAAGAAGGGGUGGAGUUCAGGUGCAAGGUGACGCUGAGCAUCGGGCAGGAGACCUUCACCCGGGUGGCAUCUGUGGCCGUGAGCGCUGGGG